GGAGAUUAUCCAUUUCCAGAGUCGGUAACGACCACAACUACCAAAAGAAUCAAAAUUCGAACGGCCACCUUAAUCCCUCUCUCUCCCUCUGCUCUAAGCUGCUCAACUCAAUCGGCAAUCACCAAUGACGUCCUGUUCUUUCCGUCUCCACCCUCUCCCUUCCGCUAUCUCUCUAUCUAUUCCCCGUCAUUUUCUCCGUAACCCUAACCUUCUAGCUUCUCCUUUUCCUUCUCCAAAACUCCGAAGUCUUCUGAAAUCAAAGCCUCCCACCACUCCGUUGCUCGCCCUCACUGAAUCAUCGGAAGACUCCCCUCAGUCCCUUGGUUCUUCCAUUCAGUCUCUCCUACAGCAGCUCUCCGAUUGCUUUGAUCUUCCAUCAGAUUACUUCCGGAAAUUGCCUAACGAUCUUCGGUUGGAUCUUAAUGAUGCGGCGUUUGAUCUUUCGAAUGGACCUGUUAUUGAUGAGAGUCUAGAAACUUAUGCUAUUGUCUCCUCACCGACUGUUGGUCAUUAUUCUCAGUGUGGUCAAGAACUAGGAGAGCUCCUGUUAAAUCUGUCUCGAGCAUGGGAACAAGGAGACACAUCAACUUCACGUACUUUGGCUAGUAAAUUUCCUUUUAUGGAGAGCAACUUGACCGGGAAAGCUAAAUCAGGCAAGCAAACUUAUGACUCAGAAUUGAGGAUUGCACAGACAAUGAUUACAACUGGCAAGUCUCUGGUUGCCAUUCCUAUAGAUGAAACAACUGAUAAGGAACCUAUGACAGAUACCAAAGUUUUCAAGUUUGGAGACCUUCAGGUUGCAAUAACUUCAGAGAAAGCUAAUAUCGGGGCUAUCAUUGGAGCUGUUUUUGGAAUCCUUUCAUGGCAACUAGGCCGGGGUGUUCAAAGCAUUCCAGAGAGCUCUUUGCAGUAUGCCAAUGACAAUGCGUUACUGCUAGCUAAGGACCUAUUGAAUGCAGUCUCUAAGAGGAGUACUACUUGUGCUUUGCUACUCGUCAACAGUUUUGUCAGCUUUUACCACCUUGGGACUUGUGGUUUUGGCAUGGCAGCUGAAGUCAGAGGACAAGUGAUGUUGCAUUUUAGGAUGCAUACUUCAGUGUUGCUCUUGACUAUGCUUAUAGUCAGUACAGCUUAA